AUGCUUAAUGUUGAUUUGCAAUUUCAGGAUUCCAAGUCUUGGUGGAUCCCAAAGCCCGUUGCUUCUUUCAAUUCAACCCUGAAUAUUCUAAGGUGUCAGGUUCAAGUUGUGACCCGUAUGGUUUUCGGUUUCUUGAUGAUCUUAGCAGUUAUUUAUUUGCUCCUUCAGCGUUCAUCAACCAUGAAACAGACAAUGCCGAUUACUUUCAUACUCCUGCUAUUAGGAGUUGCUUGUGGUUUUGCUGGCAAGCUGUGUGUUGACACACUGGGCGGAAAUGGUUAUCAUUGGCUCUUGUACUGGGAGGCUCUAUGCUUAUUACAUUUUUUUUCCAAUAUCUGGACUUCGGUGUUGUUUCUUAUCCUUUAUGGACCGGUCAGAGUCUUAGAGGGGACGAAAGACAAUUCAAUAUUUCCAUUCUGGCUCAGGCGAUAUCUAUUUUAUGGUAUUGAACUUCUCUUUCUGCCAUUAUUGUGCGGUCUCAUGCCUUUCGCAGGUUUUGUUGAGUGGAAAGAUCACUUCUUGGCGCUGGUCACAGAUUCUCUUCCUGUUAUGGGCGAUUAGACCAGAAAAUGGACUUUUGCAAACCCUUUUAGGCCUUUGUUACAUACAUCGAUCGAUAAAAUCAUCGUGCUUAGUAUGUACUAUGUGUACCAAAAUGUGUUUUGUUGUUUUUAAGUUUGGUUUAUUUAUUGUGUAUCAGUAAUUUUAGUUAUCUUUAUUCAUUUUGCUCCCAGCUGCAGUGUGUAUUUCAGGAUUUCCUGGUCUUUGCUGGGGGGACUUGGAAUCCGUGUUAAUUAUAACAUUAAGCUGUGUUAGAUAAAUUAAAAAAAAAAGUAUUUUUUCAUUUA